AUGGCCUCAACUUCAACUACGCCCUACACACAGUGGGAAUCUUUGGAGGACCACCAGCUUACGACCGAUCACGUUUACCAAAUUCUUGAAUCCGUACCAGAUGACCUAUGGGUAGUUACUGCGUGUCUGGAUCGUGUUCUGGAUGACCUCCCUGCACAACAAGCCCUGCUCAAUUUUGGAAUCUCAAGAACCGAGGCCGUUAUUGAACGUUGUAAGGAUGUGUUGGCUCUUGCAUCUCAAGGACGGGCAGACAAUAUCCACUCUCAGCUCACCCAUGACACCCUCCUCACUCAUUUCCGGGCCAUCGCCACCGACGCCGACCUCUGCUACCUACGCUCAAGUUUACUCCAGCGCUUAGACAGACUCAAUACAUACGUUCUUGCACAGAAGGAAUUCGCUUCGGAAAAGUGGGAGCAAGGGGACGAUGACAUGGAAGAAUGGGAGGACGAUCCUUGGGCUGAUGGCACAACCCCCUCACCUUCAACAAUCCACCCACAACAUGCUUCCAAGCGUCCAGUUUCACUUUCUGAAUUCCUUCUCAAUGACCUUGUCCGAUCCGCCUGUGAAUUUGCUUCCUCUCAAUCUUUUGGAGCACUUCGUAUCAUCUUCCGAAGACACGCGUCAGCCUUACGGCCCUAUCGCUUCACUGUGCUUGAAAGCAUUCCAGAGUAUGUUUCGCCGUCACUUUAUCGCGACCUUCUACCAUCCUUCAACACCUUAACCAAUGCUGAAUCACUCCUUUCGGAUGAUGGAUGGCGCAGUGAACAGGAUGUGUCAGAAUGGGCGGAAACACAGGGAUCGCCUUCGAGCACGCCCACCGUCCCCCCACUAACGCCAGAGGAAUUGUCAGCAUGGUACAAACGUCGGGUUACCGACGUCAUUAUGUCUACUGGUAUGAUCGACGUUGCUCUAGAAAUUAUCCAGCAUGGCGCAUCACAAGGAAUCCCUGGCCUGGAUGAGCUGGGGGAGGAGCUCAGUCUUCUUUCUCGCCUCGUUUACGAUGCUCCACAGCACAUGGGAAUAUCAGACGAUUGGACGUUAAGUUGGUGGUAUGACAUGGACCCACCCACGGUCGUGCAAGCGUACCUCUCGCACUCUACCCCGGAUUCACUCCCUCAGGAUAUUUCUCGCCUUGUUUUGCCGUAUCUUUUUAUACUGGAGUCGCGCGCGGAACGGGCGGGGACUCCUGAUCCCGGUCUUUCUUCCCGUCUGCUGUACGAGUAUAUUCUCUCAUUGCCGCUCGAAAAGGCCGCAGUUAUAUUCGAGGCUUCAAAGCCGACACUCCCUGCGGCGCAGCGAUUGAUUCGUGAUGACGAGGAUGUUGCCCGAGUCGCUCUGGCCUGCCUAUACGACAGCCCUAGUCUAGAUCAGUGGUCCACAAUGAGUCGCAUUUUUGAAUGUUUACCAGCUUGGGACUCGGCUGACGGGGACGAAGCCGAGGAUGCUGUUGAUACGACUGUCGCUUCUCUCAGCGCAUUCCUGAUGCCAACGACUGGUCACCCAUAUUGCAAGCCAAGUGAAUUAUUGCUCUUCUUUAAACCUCUCACUCGGGCAUCGUUAUCUCGUGCCCUUGACAUUCUUGACGUUCACCUGGAGUCUGGAGAAAUCCUUUCCCGCUGGAGCGUUCCAGCACCCCUCUGUUGGUUUCUGCAAAGUUACCAGAACGUGGACGAACAGCGUGCUUGGGCGAAUAGGAUGGCACGGCGUGCAGGUGGCGUAGAAGACCACCUUAGUACCAAAGAAGAUUGGGAAUGGCUUCUGGAAGAUAUGCUCAAGUUGACAGAAACAAGUGAAUCGGGUCUCAAGGAAGCCUUUGGGUUGUUGUCACAGGCCGAGGUUAUUGGCAUCUUCUUUGGGGGCCUGUUGAGCACUGGCAGGUUAACGAUCGCCAAAGCUUUGCUGAAGGAUCCUCACAGCAAACUCAGUCAGAUAGCAGAUAAGAUUGAAGACCUGUGCCUGACCACAUAUCGUGAGCUUUAUGAUAACGCAAGCUCAGGCAACUACAAGUUUGGUGACAUGAAGUUGGCUUACGAUUGUUUGGAUGUGCCUCCUCCCUCAGAUCGCCUUCAAAGAGAAAAGGAAUUUAUUGAAGCAACAUCAAGAAUAUGCUCAUUCAAUGUUACAUCACGCCAAGGGAUUCCUAUUUCUCCCAUCGAAAUCCGGUUGACAAAAGACCGACUCUCACUUGUUUCACAGGUUUUGUCGAGCAACAUCGACGCUUACAAGCACACAGAGGUCAUCCUAGACCUUUGCUACAAGCUUGGAUUUAGGGGCGACGCCGCUGCGGAAGUCAAGGCGCUAGCCAUGCUGGCAGAUGCGGCCCUUCAGGCUGAAGACGUGCCUCGAGCGUACCAGAACAGCGCAAGGAUGAUCGACAUUGUCUCCCAACUCCAUUCAUCCGCCACACCAGGGUCCGACGACGCUACGAUAGCUGACGCCACAGAAGUAUGCUGGAUUGCGUGUUUCCAGCUGGGUCGCCAACCGGAGUUCGAUGACCUCGCGAAGAGGUCGUUUUUGCUAGGUCACGCGUUGGAAUUCUGUCCACCGGAAAAACUACAUGAUAUUCUCACCGCCUGGCGGAGUCUACAUAAAGAGGAUAUUGCAGCUCGUGAAGAGAGACUAGUCCAUGAACGCAGUUCCACAAGGGCGACCGUUCCUAGUAAACGAUAUGACGAUUCUAUUCCUACCGUGGCAACAUCUUUGCGCGCACGUUUACAUGAGUUCAAUAUGCCAACUCCGCCUCUCCUCAGCACACCAGAUGCUACCGCCAUUGCCAGCCGAACAUUGAGAAGUGUCGCAGCUAACUUUCCGUUCUCUGUGGGUCAUCACGGGCGGUCUCAUGACCCAGAUAUGGAUGAAGAUAGCAGUUCGAGAAGAGGGGAAGUCGAUAACGUCUCUUCCCAAGCCACUAGGGCCUUCUCGAAAGGGAUUGGAUGGCUCAUAGGAGCUGAUGACCUUUGA